GAGCUGAAGCUAGCUUUCUGCUGAAAGUCCGCCCUUUACCGAAAUACCCUGUGGAUCUUUAUUAUCUUGUUGAUGUCUCAGCCUCCAUGCACAAUAAUAUCGAAAAACUAAACUCUGUUGGAAAUGACUUAUCCCGGAAAAUGGCAUCUUUUUCCCAUGACUUUCGACUUGGAUUUGGAUCCUACGUUGAUAAAACAGUGUCUCCCUAUAUUAGCAUCCACCCUGGCAGAAUCCACAACCAGUGCAGUGAUUACAAUUUAGAUUGCAUGCCACCUCAUGGCUACAUCCACGUGCUGUCUCUGACAGAAAACAUCACAGAGUUUGAACGAGCAGUUGACAGACAGAAAAUCUCAGGGAAUAUUGAUACACCUGAAGGAGGUUUUGAUGCCAUGCUCCAGGCAGCUGUUUGCCAGAGUCAUAUUGGUUGGCGCAAGGAAGCUAAAAGAUUACUUCUUGUGAUGACAGAUCAGACUUCUCACCUUGCCCUUGAUAGCAAACUUGCAGGGAUCGUGGUGCCAAAUGACGGAAAAUGCCACCUAAAAGACAACGUCUACGUUAAGUCCACAAGCAUGGAGCAUCCUUCACUGGGGCAGCUUGCAGAAAAAUUAAUAGACAACAAUAUCAAUGUUAUUUUUGCAGUCCAAGGAAAACAGUUUCAUUGGUACAAGGAUCUCCUGCCCCUCUUGCCUGGCACCGUUGCUGGCCAAAUUGAAUCAAAAGCAGCAAACCUCAACAACUUGGUGGUGGAUGCCUAUCAGAAACUGAUUUCUGAAGUGAGAGUUCAGGUGGAGAAUCAGAUACCAGGAGUCCAUUUUACCAUCACAGCCAUCUGUCCUGACGGGAGCACACAGACAGGGAUGGAAGGAUGCCGAGAUGUGACCAGCAGCGAUGAAGUUCUGUUCAACAUCACCGUGACCAUGGAUGGAUGUGAUGGAGCUGGUGGGAGAAGCUAUGCUAUCAUCAAGCCUAUUGGCUUCAAUGAAAGUACCAAAGUCCACAUCUAUAGGAACUGUAGCUGCCAGUGUGAUGAUGGCAGAAGUGCCAAACGGAAAUGUGUAGAUGAAACUCUCUUAGGACCUACUUGCCCCCAGUGUGAUGGUGACAAGUGCCAUUUUGAUGGAGACAAAUCCCAUCUGGACAGUUGCAAGGCACAAAAGAACCAGCCCAUUUGCAGUGGUCAAGGUGUCUGCAUAUGUGGGAAAUGUUUCUGUCACAAAACUAAACUUGGAAAAGUGUAUGGAAAAUACUGUGAAAUGGAUGACUUUUCCUGCCCAUAUCACCAUGGAAACCUGUGUGCUGGGCAUGGGGAAUGUGAAGGAGGUCGAUGCAAGUGCUUCCAAGGUUGGGAAGGAGACCGUUGCCAGUGUCCCUCCUCCUCUGCCCAACACUGCAUCAAUCCCAAAGGUCAGGUAUGCAGUGGGAGAGGAGCUUGUGUGUGCGGGAAGUGCGAAUGUACAGAUCCCCGGAUUGUUGGCCGUUUCUGCGAAUAUUGUCCCACCUGUGAUACAGCCUGUGAUGAAAACCGGAAUUGUGUCCAAUGUUACCAUCCUCAAAAUUUGUCUCAAGCUAUACUUGAUCAAUGCAGAGCCUCUUGUCUUCCAAGGGCCUAUUAUAUUGACCAAAUAGAAGAAUGUUUCUCUAACCCAAGCCAUUUCCGAAUAUUUUUCAUCAUCUCCAUCAUCACGUUCCUUAUUGGAUUGCUGAAGGUUCUCAUCAUCAGACAGGUCAUCCUCCAAAGGACCAGAAAUAAGGUGAAAUCUGCCAGUUACAGAGUGUCCACAUCAAAAAAGGAUAAGAUGUUUCUGCCUACCGUUUGCACACACACUGUCACGUACCGCCGUGACAAACCUGAAGAGAUAAACAUCGACGUCAGUAAAUUACACCCUCAUGAAACUUUUAAGUGCAACUUCUAAAGGAAUGGGGCCUUCAUUAGAAACCUUCUCCAUGACCAUCUCCUAAAAAGAAGUCUUCACAUUGAAAAGUUACAGGAGGUGCCCAAAUAUUCUUCAGUCACACCAUUGGUGGUUGAAAGUUCUGCUAGAGACUGAUGUGCUUCCAUAUUGUGACGUAGCCAUUGGAUGUGAUCGCUGCUGAUUUUGUGAAAGACAAAUGUGGCUUACUACUGUUCGAGACUAGUGUUGUCCUAGCACUUUAAUAUAAUAUAUAACUUAUUUAGUUACAGCA